AUGCACAAUGCCGCCACUGCAGUUACCACAGAGUCUAUGGUCAUAGACAUUGGGCCAGCUUUGCUUAAAGCCAAAGAGACCGUCAAUGAAGGCAACGAGGUGAGCAGCGCUCAAAAAAAGGUUGAACAGCGGGGUCCGCUCACCACCAGCCACCUGUCAGUGCGACAUCUUGAUGUCUGCGAGCACAAGCAUGUGUGGCGAUGGGUGCCGGACCAAAGACUAUCCAACCUUUGGCAUGAGCUCAGUUCUGAGGAACGAGCCAGAGUGGUCGAAACUCAUGCCGGCGGACAAGCGGUUCGACGUUUCUGCAAGGAGAUGGCGCAUCACGUGCGUCCAAAGGAGUGCAGAGCGAGCGAAAAGGCCAAACGAAGUCUUGGAGCUGUGUUUAUGCUUGACCAGCACUCACUCUCCAUUUACAAGGAGAUGUUUGUAGUUGCCGUGGAGCAGAACGUUCCGUUGGCGAUCAACAUGCAGGUUAUUGAAGCUGUAGAUGGUGUCGUGCAGGACUUUUGUGCAGCACGUCGUCAGCAUGAAGGUCGCCAGUCAGGUUAUUUGGAUCCACGACAGUUUCCUGAAGGGUCCGACCUAUGGGUACAGUACAGAGAAAGAGAACAUGUGCGAUUGAUGUGGAUGUCAACAAUGGCCAAAGUCUUUGAAAUUCGAUUGCUCCAGCUUUGGGAGUGCAGGCAUGGUGCAGAGGAGCGUGAAGCUGCUCGUCAGGCAUCUUUGCGGGCUGCCAUGGAGCUUUUGGCUCUGGAAGACAAAGAGCAGUCGAAGGGAAAGAAGGGUGGUCAAGUGUCCCUGGAACAGGGCACUGGAACAAAGGAACGCCGAAAGCGGCAACGACAAAGAAAGAAAGAGGCAGCCAAAGCAGCUUCCGCAGAACUCCACGCUGCCGAGCUUGGUGGCGAGGAGGAACCAACAGCGCAUGCUAUGGUGACUUGCGCUCCAAGAGGGGAGACAUGGAUGACAUCGACAUGGAGUUCAAACAACGAGUGUUGGAACAUCUUAGAAUCCGUGCGGAGGAGGCAAAGAAGAGUGGUGGUCAGCCGCAAACAGACCGCGGAAAUGCCAUCCUCAAGGCACUUUGUACGAAGUUGA